AUGGCAGGCAAUCCUGCUGACUUGGCCAACAUCCGAGAGGAAGGUCAAGAUGCUGUUGGCGCAGCGCAGCAGCAGCAACGCUCCUCGAAUGGUGCCCCUCCCCGAGGCACCAGGAGAGGCUUUACUGGAACAGCAGCUUUCCAAUCAGCCAUGGCAAGAAAGCAAGGCGAGGCUGCGCAACAGCAACCCACUGCGGUACAAAGGCAUGGCCACACCCGCCGCAUCAGCCUCCAGAGGGGGGCAGGCGCCAGUGCCGUCUCCGAGGCAGGCAUGAACAGCUUUGAUCAUGAGGACGCCUUCUCUACCGAUGAUGGGGCAAGCAUCGCCUCCUUCAAUACCGACGCUGCAUUUGAUCCUACGAGGCGACUCCGACAAGAAGACACACAGGGAGCGCAUCAUGCCAACCGACAGCAGCACCAUCUUCGGAUUGGCAGCGAGUUUCCAGCUGCUCAAGGUGGCCGUCAACAGCAAUCUGCUGGUGCCCAUGGCAGGACGGUCAGCCUUGGCCAGCACCAGCUCAACAUGUCGUUUGGAGCAUACGUCACUCCUCAGCAGGCCGUCUUGCAACAGCAAAUUGACCUUUCCGUACAGCUGUUGCAAUUGCGACAAAAGCAGCUGCAACAGCAACAACAGCAACAGCAGCAACAGAUGAUGCAAAAUGCCGUCAUGCCUCAGCCUACAUUCGGCGGACGUGCAGGCAACAUUCACCGCAGGGUGCAGAGCUACGCCCCGCAGGCAAUGCAGGGUGCCAGUUCGUAUCAUAUGGGUGGCAUGCAAAUGCCCAGCGAGCAAGGCUUCGCUCAACCUGGCGGCUUUGCGUUCAACCACCAGCCGCCUGCCAAUGGUCACGGCCGCCGGCACUCGGUCAAUGUUACGAAUCGGCAACAACAGCAACAGCAAAACCCGCCGCAGCAAGAUCAGCAUCCAAUCAGCUCCUCUCAUCCUACAGAUGAGGUGCUCGGCGCUCCCUUCUCAAUGGCUCCCUUUGCCCAGGCCUCCCUGCAGCUCCAGACUCUGAGCCCCGAGUAUCUCAUGGCUGGUGGAGGCCUGCUCAACGUCGGCACCCUCGGGGUAGCGGGCAUGAACGAUCUUGCUGACGGCUUCACUGGAAAUUCAGGACCUCCACGUCGUGGAACCCAUGGCAGGACCAACAGCACUACCAUGCGCAUCAAUGGCGUUCCGGGACAGAACGUUGUCGACUUGGCGCAAGCUCAGGCCCAGCUCGCUUCUUUGCAUCAGUCCAGAGCUCAAAUCUCGGGUGCUCCCGGUGGGCACAACCGCAUAACUUCCUUCGGUGGUGGGUUCGACCCUGCUCUCAUUGGCCUCGGAAACAGCGGCUCGCCAGCCGGGGCUCUCCAGCGCAAAGCUUUGUUUGGCAGCUACCUACCACAGUCCAGUUUGCCUCCGCUGCUCGCCGCGGGAAAGCUUGUCGUUGGUGUCUUGCGUGUCAAUAAGCGUAAUCGCAGUGAUGCAUACGUCUCGACAGAGGUUCUGGACUCGGAUAUUUUCAUCAGCGGCUCCAAGGAUCGCAACCGUGCGCUAGAGGGAGAUGUCGUGGCUGUCGAAUUGCUUGAUCCCAAUGAAGUAUGGAGCAUCAAGAGGGAAAAAGAGGACAAGAAGAAGCGUAAAGAAGAGCAAGGCAAUGUCACCCGACGCCCAGAUACCAAGACACAAGACGACGUCGAAGUCGAGGGUGCUCAACUCAGGCUUGUGGAGGAUGAAGAAGACAACGAGCAGUCGCCACCAGCGCUUGCAGGCCACGUAGUGGCCAUCGUAGAGCGUGCGCCUGGGCAGCUUUUCUCGGGCAUUCUUGGAUUGCUCCGUCCCUCUUCGGCAGCCACAAAGGAGAAGCAACAGGCAGAGCGAGCCGCGCGCGGUCAGAUCGACACUUCCUUCGCACAGCCGAGCCAAAGACCUCGCAUCGUGUGGUUCCGGCCAACGGACAAGCGUGUUCCUCUGAUCGCUAUUCCUGCAGAUCAAGCACCCGCCGACUUUUGGUCUGAAGGAGGUCAAGAUGCUUACAGUUCACGGCUCUUCGUGGCAUGCAUCAAGAGGUGGCCCAUCACUUCGCUGCAUCCAUUCGGUGCCCUGGUAGAGGAGGUCGGAGCCAUCGGUAACGUGGAAGCGGAGACGCAGGCUCUGCUGAAGGAUUCUCUAAGCACUGCAACCGAGGAAUUCAGCGAGGCCGGUCUUAAGUGCCUGCCGCCUUUGCCUUGGUCCGUCCCUGCACGCGAAUUUGAGACUCGGCGCGACUUUCGCGACGUUCGGGUCUUUAGCAUCGACCCGCCAACUGCAAAGGACUUGGACGAUGCCCUUAGCGUCAAGCAGCUGGAAGAUAGUUUGAUCGAGGUUGGCGUGCACAUCGCAGACGUGUCGUACUUCGUCAAGAUUGGUAGCGCUCUAGACCGAGAUGCGCGCAAGAGAGGCACUUCGGUCUACUUGGUGCAGCGAGCAGUCCCGAUGCUUCCGCCCACGCUGUGUGAGGAGCUGUGCUCCCUCGUCCCCAACGUGGAGCGGCUCGCAUUCUCUGCCGUGUUCAAGAUGACGCAAGAAGGGCACGUUGUCGAUUCCUGGUACGGCCGUACAGUCAUCAAAUCUUGCGCAAAGCUGGCCUAUUCCGAUGCGCAAGCAGUGAUUGAGGGCGGCAAAAUUAGCGAAGAGAAGGUGGCAAAGGACCUGGUACCUGCUGUGACCGAAGAUAUCAAGGUUUUGCAUGGGCUUGCCGCGCAGAUGCGGAAACGCCGCUUCGACCGCGGUGCUCUGCAUAUGGAAAAUGUCAAGCUCGCAUUCACCCUCGACGAGAAUGGCCUGCCCUCGGACGCUUACGCAUACAAGACCUACCAAGCUCACCAGCUGGUCGAGGAAUUCAUGCUCCUUGCGAACAUGUCUGUCGGAAGUCGGAUCGCCGCUGGACUUCCAGAGACAGCCUUGCUCAGACGACAUGAGAAGCCCAUGCUGCGUCGCCUGGAUGGCUUCGUCGAGAUAGCAAAGAAGCUGGGGUACGACAUGGAUAUCACUUCGAGUGGAGCCCUUUACCGAAGCAUGGAGAAAGUUAAGGAGCCAAACCAUCGGCAGGCACUCGAGACGCUGGCAUCCAGGGCUAUGCCCCGCGCCAAGUACUUCUGCACCGGCAUGGUAGACAUCGCCAAAUAUGAGCAUUACGCACUGAAUGUCCCUCUGUACACCCACUUCACUUCGCCCAUUCGAAGGUAUGCUGAUCUGAUGGUGCACCGUCAACUCGAGAUGGUGCUGCAGACUUCGGACAAGUUCCCUGUCGACAAGGAGUCCAUGGCCAAGAUAGCCCAACAGUGCAAUGUGAAGCGUAACGCCGCCAAGCUUGCUCAAGAGCAAAGUCAGCACCUUUUCCUAUGCCUACUUAUUCACGACCUUACUAUGCGCUACGGUCCUGUCGUUCGGAAUGCGACUGUCAUCGGCGUGCUCGACUCGGCCUUCGAUGUAUUGAUUCAGGAGUUUGGAGUCGAGAAGCGAGUCCAUGUUGACCAGAUGCCCGUCGAGCAUCAUUCGCAUGAUGAAGCCAGCAACACCCUAACCCUUUAUUGGAGAAAAGGCGUAGACGUUCUUACGUGGCUCGCAGAAAAUUCAGGUGAUGCUCACAUGCAAAGACUGAAGGAAGUGACAAUCCAACAUACUAUGAUGGAAAUGACCUCGCAGUCCCACACCGAUGAAGAGGCCCUCUUUGACGAUGAUCAUCAAACCAACCCAUCUGCCGCGUACGCUGCGAUGCUGAGCGGCGAAGACGCCAAGGGCAGCGAGCAAAGGAUGAAGAGCUUCACAAAAGCGCCUGUGAACUUCAAUAAUGCCAAGACAUCUUCAGACGGCCACUGUCUACAGGAGAUCCAAGAGAUAGACGAAUUGCCUGUCAUCCUCACCGCCGACUUGACCAGGAGCCCACCUGUCAUCCGCGUUUGUGCUGUCAACCCCUUUGCCAACUGA